AUGUAUAUAAGUCUGUUUAUUGGUUGUGCUAUCGUCUUGGAUAUAUAUUGUUAUACUCUCUACGGGCAUUUGUAUGUCGAUGUCUCAUUUGAUGGACAAUGGUGCCAAUGGAAAGCCUACUUAUUCUAUGUUAGUGGAUGUGGUUUCUUCUAUUCUUAUUUACUUCAGGCCAUUUAUCGCUUGUGUCGAAUUACUCUGUUUCGGAAACCAGCAUUGCAAACAUUUAGAUUAUAUGUAUGUGGUAUAGUUCUUCAAUGGCUUCUCAGUUUCGUACAAGUUAUACCAGUUCUCCUAUUGGGAACAUUCGAGUAUCUACCAUAUGAUUAUCAUUGUCAAAUCGCUAUACAUAACGUUCGGGGUUUACUCAUUGGAUUGGCACUUGUUCAUACAAUCCCAAUCUCAUUGACAACAAUGUGUUAUGCUUACACAAUGUUUUAUAUUCGAAAGGUCAGUGCGAGUAUUAAGACUGCACGUCAACUUGCCACUGAUCAACGUGAUUUUCUAGUUCUAAAACGAAUAUUCAUAGUCUUAACGACUUUAAUUGCAUCCGGCAUGCCAGCAUUUAGCAUCGGACUAUAUUUUCAAUUUACAGGUCAUUUACCAUACUGGUCAACACAAUUUCAGUGGCUUUCGGCGACCUUUACAAUGCUGAUUGUUUCUAUCAUAUUAAUAUUUGUUUCGCCAAAUAUGCCAAAAAUUCGAAUGUAUUCUACACAGUAA